UUUCCCAAAAACACUUCCUUUGAUUAUUCUCUUCCCGUCUCCAAUGUCUCUGAAAGUUUUUGCCAUGUUCUUUCCUGCCAUCAUAAUUAUAAUCCUUAGCUUGAACUGGGUUUCGUCCACAACCGAGUUCAUCUUCAACAGUAACUUCAACUCGUCUAAUAUCUUACUCUUUGGGGACUCUACUAUUGAAUCCUCCAUCCUCAGCCUCACAAAUGCCUCAACCUUCUCCCUUGGACGAUCUCUGUACCCUUCAAAAAUCGCCACAAAACCCAGUAAUUCUUCGACUUUGGUAGAGCCCUUCUCGACCUCCUUCAUUUUCUCCAUCGCCUCAGUUGAUGGCUUCCAACCCGGCCACGGUUUUGCGUUUGUGCUCGUACCCUCUAGAGGUACAGAAGGCGGGAGCUCAUCUCAGCAUCUGGGUCUCUUUAAUUUCUCCAAUAAUGGCGAUUCCGUCAACCAUAUUCUCGGAAUCGAAUUUGAUGUGUUCAAGAAUCAAGAGUUCCAAGAUAUUGAUGAUAACCAUGUGGGUCUAAACGUUAAUUCGCUUAAUUCUAUGGCUUCUCACUCUGCUGGGUAUUGGGAUGGUGAAGAUGUUGAGGAGUUCAGAGAAACUGAGCUUAAAAAUGGGGUUAACUAUCAAGUAUGGAUAGACUUUUCUGAUUCAAGGAUUAACAUAACCAUGGCUCCAGCAGGUCGGAGAAGGCCUCAAAGGCCAUUGAUAAGUGAGUCUGUUAAUCUUUCUGGGGUUCUCUUUGAUGAAAUGUAUGUUGGGUUUUCUGGGGCAACUGGGCAGUUGGUUGAGAGUCAUAGGAUAUUAGCUUGGAGCUUUAGUAAUACUAACUUCUCCAUUGGUGAUGCUCUGGUGACACAAAACUUGCCUUCUUUUGUGGUUCCAAAAGGGUCGGUUUUAAAGUCAAAAGGGUUCAUUGUAGGGGUUAGUAUUGGUGGUGGUUUACUAGCUAUUGUGCUUUUGGUAAUUGGAUAUGUUGUUCUGGUCAGGAAAACGGGGAGUGUGGAGGAGAAUACUGAAGAAUGGGAAACGGAGUAUUGGCCACACAGGAUUAGUUAUAAAGAGAUUCACCAAGCAACAGAGGGGUUCUUGGAGAAAAACGUAAUUGGGACUGGAGGUAAUGGGAAGGUUUAUAAAGGGGUUUUGCCAGGGGGGGUAGAUAUUGCAGUAAAGAGAAUUUCGCUCAAGAAUGAUCAGGGAAUGAGAGAGUUUUUGGCUGAGAUUUCAAGCUUGGGAAGACUAAAGCAUAGGAAUUUGGUGGGAUUGAGAGGCUGGUGUAGAAGAGAGAAAGGAAGCUUGAUUUUGGUUUAUGAUUAUAUGCAAAAUGGGAGCUUGGACAGCAGAGUAUUUGACUGUGAUGAGAGUAUGGCAUUAACUUGGGAGGAGAGACUAAAGGUUUUGAAAGAUGUAGCUUCUGGGAUCUUUUACUUGCAUGAAGGUUGGGAAGUUAAGGUUUUACAUAGAGAUAUCAAGGCAAGCAAUGUGUUGCUUGACAAGGAUAUGACUGCAAGGUUAGGAGACUUUGGCCUGGCCAAGAUGCACCAUCAUGAUAAAUUAGCCAGUACCACAAUAGUGGUUGGAACUGUGGGAUACAUGGCUCCAGAAGUGGUUCAAACUGGUCGAGUCUCAACUCAAACCGAUGUGUUUGGUUUUGGUGUACUGGUUCUAGAGGUAGUUUGUGGGCGACGACCAAUUCAAGAAGGAUUGCCAGGCUUGGUGCAUUGGGUAUGGAGGAUAAUGGAGGAGACAGGGGAAGUAGUUAGUGCUCUUGAUGCGAGGAUAAAGAGCAAAGGUGGAUAUAACAUGGAAGAAGUUGAGAGAGUGCUCUCCUUGGGAUUGUGGUGCGUGCAUCCUGAACCCCAUGAGAGACCAACAAUGAGGCAAGUUGUGAAGUUAUUAGAAAGGAGUGUUGGUGGUGAUGGUGAGACUGAAGAGGAGGGAAUGGAAAUGAAUAAGUUGCUUGAGAAGAUGAAAGAGGCUGCAGCAUCGUCGUCUCAUACUCGCCGGAAUAACUUCGGUGGAAGAGGACUUCACCCUACGUUUGAUGAGAUAAAAAACUGUGUCUCUUCUUCCAUGUCUUUAAGUGGCACGAGUGUCAUUCAAGUUGGCCGGUGAAAGUAUUGUUGUUACCGUCUAAUGGCUUGGUUUUGAAACAUUGUUGAGACUUGAGAUACUGGCUUCUUGAGUGAUGUUAUGCAUUAUAAGCUGCUUUGUAUGAUACAAAUUGUAUCUAUAGAUUCUAUAUUUGUACUGAUUAUUAAUACAAAAUUCAUUUGUUCAUCUA